GACGCAAAAGCCGGACCAGGAGUUUGAGCCUGAACAAGCGCAGCAGGGAAAUUCAGCACAGCUCAUCAAGAUGCUCAAAGGAUUACUGUCAGUGCUCUUGGUCAUGGUGGCCUUGUCAUCCGCCUUGGGGAAGCCUGAGAAAACCACUCCAAAGAAGGAGAAGGAAAAGAGAGUUCCACAGACUCUCUCCAGAGGAUGGGGUGAUCAGCUGAUUUGGGCACAGACAUACGAGGAAGCUCUGUUUUGGUCACGAUCCAAGAACAAGCCCCUCAUGGUCAUCUUUCACCUGGAAGACUGUCCACACAGCCAGGCUCUGAAGAAAGCAUUUGCUGAGGAUAAAGAAAUCCAGAAGUUGGCUGAUGAAGACUUUGUGAUCUUGAACUUGGUGUACGAAACCACAGAUAAGCACUUGUCUCCUGAUGGCCAGUACGUUCCCAGAAUCAUCUUUGUUGAUCCCUCCAUGACGGUUCGGGCGGACAUCACCGGCCGCUACUCAAACCGAAUGUACGCCUAUGAACCGGCCGACAUGAAACUCUUGUUGAGCAACAUGCAAAGAGCCCUGAAGUUUCUGAAGACCGAGUUGUGAACACAAACGCCUAAUCUUUUCGUCCGACGAGAGGAUUUGACUUCCCUGAGGGCUGUUAUUACUUUGUCAUUUGUUUACUGACGGCAUGAAACGCACUGUAAAAUCCUGUACAAAUACACUGAAGUACGUUCUUUAAACACAUUCUGUUACGGUUAACCUUCAGUGUUUCAUUUUCAUGUUUUUUUUCAAUAAAUGAAGUUAUUCGAAAGACGUCUGUCUGUCUAUGUACGUUUGUAGUUUAUUCAAAUCAGCAGCAUCUGCCUGUCGUGUGUGCUUUUCCAGUUAACGGAGUCUCCGGUUAAUAUCCUGGUGGGCGGAGUCUAAUUAUAACUAGCAGUGAAUGUGUUUUUUUUCCAGGCAUGUCUGUCGCCUGGUUCCUAGCAGCCUUUGUUAUAACCACAGAGCGUGUCAGUGUUUGAUUGGUUUGAAGUUGGAGGAAGUUUCAUUCCUGAAAUGCUCCAUUAGGCUGGAAUGGGAUUUGAAACAAUGAAAGCAUUAGCACUGUGGGAACUUGACUAUUAAAUUAUAGCCUGGCUAAAUUA